CGUGAGGCAUUCAUUGCGGAUGUAUGUGGCGCAUGCAAUGCGACUCUAACAGACGUGAAGCAUGUCAGGUUUUCCAUUGGCAGCCUCCUAGCCACGGUGCGGGUGCAGCACGACGCCAACGUAACCCGAAAAGAAAUCGACCGACGCUUGCACGACUACGACUAUCCAUUAACAACAAAGUUGUACAGGUCGCGUCACCUACCCCAACACGGGGCUGAUGCGGCGCUUGUGACACACACGAUACAGAAUAACGAGAAUACUGCACUGCGUGAGCAGCUGCGGGAGGCGGAGGCGCAGCAGGCCGACAUGGCCGCCGAGAUUGAGCAUCUAAGGGAGGAACUGCGAGGUGCUGUAACAGAAGGUGCUACGAAUAGCGAUCGGUGCGUAGCGCUGGAGAAGGAAGCAGAGCGGAGCUCAAAGUGCAUCGAGGAGCUGAGACAGCAGUUGGCAGCUGCACAGCUUGGCCGGGAGGCAGUGGACGCCGAGGUUGCUGAGCUUGAGGAGCAGCUUCGCGAUAUGGAGCGCACUCACGCAAGAAAUGCUGCCGAGCAGGAGUCGGCACUGGGCGACCUUGCUAUUAGCCAAGCUGCGAAUGAUGCCACAAUAGAUGACCUGCGUGGGCAGCUGCGGGAGGCGGAGGCGCAGCAGGCCGACAUGGCCGCCGAGGUGACGGACCUGCGUGGGCAGCUGCGAGACUCGGAGGCACAGCAGGCCGACAUGGCCGCCGAGGUGACGGACCUGCGUGGGCAGCUGCGGCAGGCGGAGGCGCAGCAGGCCGACAUGGCCGCCGAGGUGACGGACCUGCGUGGGCAGCUGCGAGACUCGGAGGCACAGCAGGCCGACAUGGCCGCCGAGGUGACGGACCUGCGUGGGCAGCUGCGGGAGGCGGAGGCGCAGCAGGCCGACAUGGCCGCCGAGGUGACGGACCUGCGUGAGCAGCUGCGGGACUCGGAGGCACAGCAGGCCGACAUGGCCGCCGAGGUGACGGACCUGCGUGGGCAGCUGCGGGAGGCGGAGGCGCAGCAGGCCGACAUGGCCGCCGAGGUGACGGACCUGCGUGGGCAGCUGCGGGAGGCGGAGGCACAGCAGGCCGACAUGGCCGUCGACAUUGAGCAUCUAAGGGAGGAACUGCGAGGUGCUGUAACAGAAGGUGCUACGAAUAGAGAUCGGUGCGUAGCGCUGGAGAAGGAAGCAGAGCGGAGCUCAAAGUGCAUCGAGGAGCUGAGGCAGCAGUUGGCAGCUGCACAGCUUGGCCGGGAGGCAGUGGACGCCGAGGUUGCCGAGCUUGAGGAGCAGCUUCGCGAUAUGGAGCGCAAUCACGCAAGAAAUGCUGCCGAGCAGGAGUCGCCACUGGGCGACCUUGCUAUUCACCAAGCUGACAUGGAUGCCACGAUGGAUGACCUGCGUGAGCAGCUGCGGCAGGCGGAGGCGCAGCAGGCCGAUAUGGCCGCCGAGGUGACGGACCUGCGUGGGCAGCUGCGGGAGGCGGAAGAGCGCGCUAAGGAGUCGGAGGCGCAGCAGGCCGAUAUGGCCGCCGAGGUGACGGACCUGCGUGAGCAGCUGCGGGAGGCGGAAGAGCGCGCUAAGGAGUCGGAGGCGCAGCAGGCCGAUAUGGCCGCCGAGGUGACGGACCUGCGUGGGCAGCUGCGGGAGGCGGAAGAGCGCGCUAAGGAGUCGGAGGCGCAGCAGGCCGAUAUGGCCGCCGAGGUGACGGACCUGCGUGAGCAGCUGCGGGAGGCGGAAGAGCGCGCUAAGGAGUCGGAGGCGCAGCAGGCCGAUAUGGCCGCCGAGGUGACGGACCUGCGUGGGCAGCUGCGGGAGGCGGAAGAGCGCGCUAAGGAGUCGGAGGCGCAGCAGGCCGAUAUGGCCGCCGAGGUGACGGACCUGCGUGAGCAGCUGCGGGAGUCGGAGGCGCAGCCAGCCGACAUGGCCGCCGAGGUGACGGACCUGCGUGAGCAGCUGCGGGAGGCGGAGGCGCAGCAGGCCGACAUGGCCGCCGAGGUGACGGACCUGCGUGAGCAGCUGCGGGAGGCGGAAGAGCACGCGAAGGAGUCGGAGGCACAGCAGGCCGAUAUGGCCGCCGAGGUGACGGACCUGCGUGGGCAGCUGCGGGAGGCGGAGGCGCAGCAGGCCGACAUGGCCGCCGAGGUGACGGACCUGCGUGAGCAGCUGCGGCACUCGGAGGCACAGCAGGCCGACAUGGCCGCCGAGGUGACGGACCUGCGUGGGCAGCUGCGGGAGGCGGAGGCACAGCAGGCCGACAUGGCCGUCGACAUUGAGCAUCUAAGGGAGGAACUGCGAGGUGCUGUAACAGAAGGUGCUACGAAUAGAGAUCGGUGCGUAGCGUUGGAGAAGGAAGCAGAGCGGAGCUCAAAGUGCAUCGAGGAGCUGAGGCAGCAGUUGGCAGCUGCACAGCUUGGCCGGGAGGCAGUGGACGCCGAGGUUGCCGAGCUUGAGGAGCAGCUUCGCGAUAUGGAGCGCACUCACGCAAGAAAUGCUGCCGAGCAGGAGUCGGCACUGGGCGACCUUGCUAUUAGCCAAGCUGCGAAUGAUGCCACAAUAGAUGACCUGCGUGAGCAGCUGCGGCAGGCGGAGGCGCAGCAGGCCGACAUGGCCGCCGAGGUGACGGACCUGCGUGGGCAGCUGCGGGAGGCGGAGGCGCAGCGGGCCGACAUGGCCGCCGAGGUGACGGACCUGCGUGAGCAGCUGCGGGAGUCGGAGGCACAGCAGGCCGACAUGGCCGCCGAGGUGACGGACCUGCGUGAGCAGCUGCGGGAGGCGGAGGCGCAGCAGGCCGACAUGGCCGCCGAGGUGACGGACCUGCGUGAGCAGCUGCGGGAGGCGGAAGGCGCAGCAGGCCGAAUGGCCGCCGAGGUGACGGACCUGCGUGAGCAGCUGCGGGAGGCGGAAGAGCACGCGAAGGAGUCGGAGGCACAGCAGGCCGAUAUGGCCGCCGAGGUGACGGACCUGCGUGGGCAGCUGCGGGAGGCGGAGGCGCAGCAGGCCGACAUGGCCGCCGAGGUGACGGACCUGCGUGAGCAGCUGCGGGAGUCGGAGGCACAGCAGGCCGACAUGGCCGCCGAGGUGACGGACCUGCGUGGGCAGCUGCGGGAGGCGGAGGCACAGCAGGCCGACAUGGCCGCCGAGGUGACGGACCUGCGUGGGCAGCUGCGGGAGUCGGAGGCGCAGCAGGCCGACAUGGCCGCCGAGGUGACGGACCUGCGUGAGCAGCUGCGGGAGGCGGAAGAGCACGCGAAGGAGUCGGAGGCACAGCAGGCCGAUAUGGCCGCCGAGGUGACGGACCUGCGUGGGCAGCUGCGGGAGGCGGAAGAGCGCGCUAAGGAGUCGGAGGCGCAGCAGGCCGAUAUGGCCGCCGAGGUGACGGACCUGCGUGAGCAGCUGCGGGAGGCGGAAGAGCACGCGAAGGAGUCGGAGGCACAGCAGGCCGAUAUGGCCGCCGAGGUGACGGACCUGCGUGAGCAGCUGCGGGAGGCGGAAGAGCGCGCUAAGGAGUCGGAGGCGCAGCAGGCCGAUAUGGCCGCCGAGGUGACGGACCUGCGUGAGCAGCUGCGGGAGGCGGAAGAGCGCGCUAAGGAGUCGGAGGCGCAGCAGGCCGAUAUGGCCGCCGAGGUGACGGACCUGCGUGAGCAGCUGCGGGAGGCGGAGGCGCAGCAGGCCGACAUGGCCGCCGAGGUGACGGACCUGCGUGAGCAGCUGCGGCACUCGGAGGCACAGCAGGCCGACAUGGCCGCCGAGGUGACGGACCUGCGUGGGCAGCUGCGGGAGGCGGAGGCACAGCAGGCCGACAUGGCCGUCGACAUUGAGCAUCUAAGGGAGGAACUGCGAGGUGCUGUAACAGAAGGUGCUACGAAUAGAGAUCGGUGCGUAGCGUUGGAGAAGGAAGCAGAGCGGAGCUCAAAGUGCAUCGAGGAGCUGAGGCAGCAGUUGGCAGCUGCACAGCUUGGCCGGGAGGCAGUGGACGCCGAGGUUGCCGAGCUUGAGGAGCAGCUUCGCGAUAUGGAGCGCACUCACGCAAGAAAUGCUGCCGAGCAGGAGUCGGCACUGGGCGACCUUGCUAUUAGCCAAGCUGCGAAUGAUGCCACAAUAGAUGACCUGCGUGAGCAGCUGCGGCAGGCGGAGGCGCAGCAGGCCGACAUGGCCGCCGAGGUGACGGACCUGCGUGGGCAGCUGCGGGAGGCGGAGGCGCAGCGGGCCGACAUGGCCGCCGAGGUGACGGACCUGCGUGAGCAGCUGCGGGAGUCGGAGGCACAGCAGGCCGACAUGGCCGCCGAGGUGACGGACCUGCGUGAGCAGCUGCGGGAGGCGGAGGCGCAGCAGGCCGACAUGGCCGCCGAGGUGACGGACCUGCGUGAGCAGCUGCGGGAGGCGGAGGCGCAGCAGGCCGACAUGGCCGCCGAGGUGACGGACCUGCGUGAGCAGCUGCGGGAGGCGGAGGCGCAGCGGGCCGACAUGGCCGCCGAGGUGACGGACCUGCGUGGGCAGCUGCGGGAGGCGGAAGAGCGCGCUAAGGAGUCGGAGGCGCAGCAGGCCGAUAUGGCCGCCGAGGUGACGGACCUGCGUGAGCAGCUGCGGGAGGCGGAGGCGCAGCAGGCCGACAUGGCCGCCGAGGUGACGGACCUGCGUGAGCAGCUGCGGGAGGCGGAGGCGCAGCAGGCCGAUAUGGCCGCCGAGGUGACGGACCUGCGUGGGCAGCUGCGGGAGGCGGAAGAGCGCGCUAAGGAGUCGGAGGCGCAGCAGGCCGACAUGGCCGCCGAGGUGACGGACCUGCGUGAGCAGCUGCGGGAGGCGGAAGAGCACGCGAAGGAGUCGGAGGCACAGCAGGCCGAUAUGGCCGCCGAGGUGACGGACCUGCGUGAGCAGCUGCGGGAGGCGGAGGCGCAGCAGGCCGACAUGGCCGCCGAGGUGACGGACCUGCGUGAGCAGCUGCGGGAGGCGGAAGAGCGCGCUAAGGAGUCGGAGGCGCAGCAGGCCGAUAUGGCCGCCGAGGUGACGGACCUGCGUGAGCAGCUGCGGGAGGCGGAGGCGCAGCAGGCCGACAUGGCCGCCGAGGUGACGGACCUGCGUGAGCAGCUGCGGGAGGCGGAAGAGCGCGCUAAGGAGUCGGAGGCACAGCAGGCCGACAUGGCCGCCGAGGUGACGGACCUGCGUGAGCAGCUGCGGGAGUCGGAGGCGCAGCAGGCCGACAUGGCCGCCGAGGUGACGGACCUGCGUGGGCAGCUGCGGGAGUCGGAGGCGCAGCAGGCCGACAUGGCCGCCGAGGUGACGGACCUGCGUGAGCAGCUGCGGGAGGCGGAAGAGCACGCGAAGGAGUCGGAGGCACAGCAGGCCGACAUGGCCGCCGAGGUGACGGACCUGCGUGGGCAGCUGCGGGAGGCGGAAGAGCGCGCUAAGGAGUCGGAGGCGCAGCAGGCCGAUAUGGCCGCCGAGGUGACGGACCUGCGUGGGCAGCUGCGGGAGGCGGAAGAGCGCGCUAAGGAGUCGGAGGCGCAGCAGGCCGACAUGGCCGCCGAGGUGACGGACCUGCGUGAGCAGCUGCGGGAGGCGGAAGAGCACGCGAAGGAGUCGGAGGCACAGCAGGCCGAUAUGGCCGCCGAGGUGACGGACCUGCGUGGGCAGCUGCGGGAGGCGGAGGCGCAGCAGGCCGACAUGGCCGCCGAGAUUGAGCAUCUAAGGGAGGAACUGCGAGGUGCUGUAACAGAAGGUUCUACGAAUAGCGAUCGGUGCGUAGCGCUGGAGAAGGAAGCAGAGCAGAGCUCAAAGUGCAUCGAGGAGCUGAGGCAGCAGUUGGCAGCUGCACAGCUUGGCCGGGAGGCAGUGGACGCCGAGGUUGCUGAGCUUGAGGAGCAGCUUCGCGAUAUGGAGCGCACUCACGCAAGAAAUGCUGCCGAGCAGGAGUCGGCACUGGGCGACCUUGCGAUUAGCCAAGCUGCGAAUGAUGCCACAAUAGAUGACCUGCGUGGGCAGCUGCGGGAGGCGGAAGAGCGCGCUAAGGAGUCGGAGGCACAGCAGGCCGACAUGGCCGCCGAGGUGACGGACCUGCGUGAGCAGCUGCGAGACUCGGAGGCACAGCAGGCCGACGUGGCCGCCGAGGUGACGGACCUGCGUGAGCAGCUGCGGGAGGCGGAAGAGCACGCGAAGGAGUCGGAGGCACAGCAGGCCGAUAUGGCCGCCGAGGUGACGGACCUGCGUGGGCAGCUGCGGGAGGCGGAGGCACAGCAGGCCGACAUGGCCGCCGAGGUGACGGACCUGCGUGAGCAGCUGCGGGAGGCGGAAGAGCGCGCUAAGGAGUCGGAGGCACAGCAGGCCGACAUGGCCGCCGAGGUGACGGACCUGCGUGAGCAGCUGCGGGAGUUGGAGGAGGAGGUAUCGAAGGUGCGUGGUAUGUCUGAAGGGGUGAGUGAAGAGAGUGUUGGCGUUGAGCCUUGUGUGUGUGAACGGAGGAGUAUCGUUGUGGAAACGAGGUUGUCGGAGUUUGUUGAAGGUUUUGCGUUCGCUGAUGAGGGUGCAGUUGCUGGUGCUGAUGGUGCUGUUUUAUUGAGUACUGUAGAGAUGUUUAGAAGGGAGGAAUUGUGGCGCCGGAUGUGGGAGGAGGCGCUGGAGUUGGCGGAGGAAUCGACAGAGCUAUUAAGGAUGUAUUAUGAGGACCGUUUGUGCUCUGUGGAACAGGAGCUGGAAUGCACUUCCUUAGAGUGCACUGACACGCUCGAGAAACUAGAGGAGUUCGUGAAUUUGCUGGAUGGGGCGCGAGGGGCAGAGAGGGCUGCAGUGCACGCCCGAGACGAAUGCGAGCGGGAGCUGCAUGCCCUUCAAGAGCGAUAUGAUCGUGAGGUUGCAGAGAACCAGCGCCUUUUGCUGAGAGAGGGAAGAGGAGCUGAUGACGCCCCAGGUGGUCCAACGUGGACUGAGGGUGCUGUAGAUUUCGGUGCCCAGCGUGAUAGUGGUGGUGACGACAGCAUCAUAGAGCCUGGCCGCCGCGGUGAUGGCGGGGGUCGUUCUGCGCCUGUGCUGAGAACUAUCCAGGAAGCCGCCUCUGUAGGAUUGGGGGAGCAACUGGAGCAACUCAAGCGUGAGAAGGAGGUGCUCAUGGAGGAGCUGGAAGCGAAGGGUGUGAGUUAUAACGAUGCACUGGCGCUGCUGAAUCAGCACAUCAGUCAGCUCAUGGAAGAGCUCAGUGUGCAUCUGCGCGGUGGCGAGACAUCGGCCAGCAAUGCCCGCGCGCUGCUCCUUGAGAUUGCGGAGCUGCGGGCGGCCCAGGAGCGGACCGGUGCGUUUUCCGAAGGCGGCGCCCCGGAUAGCAGCAGCUGA